AUGGCGGUGGCGGCGGCGGUGCUCACCGGUGGAGCCCUCCCGACCCGCCACCGUCGUCAAGACCCGAUUUUGGAGCUGCUACAGAGAUGCAGGGGAGCAGACGGGUUCCCCCCAAUCCACGCCAGAAUCAUCAAGGCGGGGAGGCACAAGGACUCCUUCCUGCUCUUCAAGGUCCUGCGGCUCUGCCAUGAAUGGGGUUCCCCCGACUGCGCGUCCACAAUCUUCGAGACGAUCGAGUUUCCGGACGUCUACCACUACACGGCGAUCAUCGCCGGUAAGCUCGCCGGAGGAUCCCCCAUCGAGGCCGUCGCCUGGUACUCUCGCAUGGCGGCGGACGGCAUCUCGCCGGAUUCCUUCGUGGCCUCGUACGCCCUCAGAGCGUGCGCCCUCGCGGCGGCCUCAGCAGAAGGGAAGCAGCUCCACGCGCAGAUCCUGAAGCAGGGGUCGAGCUUGAGCUCCUCCCGGCCUGUGUGGAUGAGGCUGCUCGAGUUCUACGGAAAGUGCGGGGAGUUCACCAGUGCCCGGAAGGUGUUCGAUGAAAUGCCGGACAAGGACGCAGUAGCCUCCACCAUCCUCAUCUCCUGCUACGUCGGCUUCGGCAUGGUGGAGAAGGCGCUUGCCACCUUUGAGGAUGCCAUGGAGAAGGACACCACCUGCUGGACUGCCAUGAUCGACGGGCUCGCCCGCAACGGGCGAAUGAGCGAGGCCCUGGAGCUCUUCCGGCGGAUGCAGAGGGAGGAAGUGAGGCCCAACGAGGUCACCCUUGUCUGCGUCCUCUCCGCCUGUUCACAGCUCGGAGCCCUCGAGCUCGGCAGAUGGGUUCACUCUUACGUCGGCAAGUACGGCAUCCAGUUGAACGUCUUCCUUGGCUCCGCUCUCAUCGACAUGUACUGUCGCUGUGGCAGCCUGGAGGAUGCCCGCAAGGUGUUCGCCGAAAUGCCCCACAGGGACGUGGUCUCCUACAACGCCAUGAUCGGGGGCCUCGCGCUGCACGGGCGGAGCAGCGACGCCGUGGUGCUGUUCCAGGCCAUGGAGACAAGAGGGCUGCGGCCCACGGCGGCCACCUACGUGGGGGUCCUCAACGCCUGCAGCCAUGGCGGGCUGGUGGAGCUCGGUUUCCAGAUCUUCGAGGCCAUGAAGCGGGAUCAUGGCAUGGAGCCGCAGAUCGAGCACUACGGCUGCAUGGUGGACCUCCUCGCGCGCGUGGGGCGCCUGCAAGAGGCCUACGAGUUCAUCACCCAGAGGAUGAAGAUAGAGCCCGAUCACGUCAUCUGGUGCUCCCUCCUCGGCGCCUGCAAGCUCCACCGGGACCUCCCCUUGGGGGAGAAGAUCGCCAGAAUCCUCACCGGCGGCGCCGACGCCGCCGCCGACUCAGGGACAUACAUCCUAGCUGCCAAUGUGUACGCUGCGUUCGGGAAGUGGGAGGAGUCAGCGAGGAUAAGGGAGAAGAUGAGGCGGAGAGGGGUGGCGAAGGAACCGGGUUGCAGCGCCAUUGAGGUCGGCGGGGAGGUCCAUGAAUUCCUUCUUGGGGACAUCCGCCAUCGGCGGCGGAGGGAGAUCUACCAGAAGCUAGCGGAGUUAGGGGAGGCGCUGAGGUUGAACGGGUACUCCCCGGCGACGGAGGAGGUGCUGCAGGACGUCGGCGAGGUGGAGAAGAAGCGGGCGCUGGAGAUUCACAGCGAGCGGCUGGCCAUCUGCUAUGGGCUGAUCUCGACGGAGGAGGGGGCGACGAUCCGGGUGGUGAAGAACCUGCGAGUGUGCAACGACUGCCACGCCAUGAUCAAGCUCGUGACGAAGAUCACCGGGAGAAAGAUCGUCGUCAGGGACAGAAACCGGUUCCACCACUUCGAGGAUGGGGCCUGCUCCUGUGGGGAUUUCUGGUGA